UCAUUUAUGGCUUCGCAGAUCCCAGUUAUGACCGGAGCGUUCAUGGACUCAUCACCCAAUGAUGACUACAGCACUGAACAUUCCCUCUUCAACUCGUCUGCCAGUGUCAAUGCAGGUCCCAUGACCUUAGUUCAGGCUCAACACGAUGAGCACCAGCGUGUCUCCAGUGAUGCUAUCUGGUUGUGGAUUGCCAUCAUUGCCACCAUUGGGAACAUUGUGGUCGUCGGAGUGGUUUACGCAUUCACUUUCUGA